CGUCCAGCGCGGCUGUGCGCAGGCUGUGUGGCGGACUCGGCAGCUCCACAGGCCAAGGUCGUCCUCAGGGCCUCCAUGGAGACUUCUGUUCUUCGGGUCUGAUCAUUUUGCUGUAGAAUCUCUAAAACUCCUCACAACCAACAGGUAAGACUUCACCCUCUGCUCGUGUCGUUGGGACCCGCAGCUCAACGAAACUACACGGCGUAAACCGAGGAGAUACUUUUCAUGUACCACUUUCCACUUGCUGACGUCAUGUAUACCAUAUUUCCAGAAAUCUACUUUGUAUCUAUUACAUUACAAUUGACCUUAAUAAUUGUCAGAUAAAAUGGUUGAACAGCACGACACGGAAGAGUAGCAAUGAUUGCAAACUCUACACGCUCCAUAAACUCAAGUGAAACUGUAGUGGCGUCCCUGGAAGUGGUUACACUGUCUGGAAAUAUGCCAGUGAAGACGUUUGCACAGAAGAACCACCUUCCAUGUCACAGCUGGCCCCUGGAGGUUGUGCCUGGAGAGUUUGAUGUUGGCGUGGUGGUGUCUUUUGGCUGUUUAAUCCCAGAGAGGCUAAUCAACAAGUUUCCAUAUGGGAUUUUGAAUGUUCACCCCAGUCUGCUACCCAGGUGGCGAGGCCCUGCACCCAUCUUCCAUGCUAUAUUACAUGGUGAUACUGUGACAGGAGUCACCAUUAUCCAGAUUCACCCUCAAAGGUUUGAUGUCGGCCCCGUUCUUAAUCAGGAGCUUUUUCAUAUUCCUGAGAACUGUACGUCUGAUGAGCUUGAAGGGGCCUUAGCCACUAAGGGGGCACAUCUGCUGGUUGAUACAUUAAUGUCACUGCCAGAAAGACUAGUGCAGAAGAAGAAGCAGAGACACUCAGGUGCCACGUUUGCUCCAAAAAUUCAUACGUCUAUGAGUUGGAUUGUGUGGGAGGAACUGACUUGUGAGCAAAUUGAUCGUCUCCACCGCGCCAUCGCAUCUCGGAUACCUUUGAGGACCACGUGGAUGGGCAGGACCAUAAAACUUUUGGAUUUUGUUGGAAAAUGUCAUAUUUCAUUAUCAGAUCAAAGAAGCAGAACUGUUCCUGGUUCGGUGACGUAUCAAAAGGAGUCCAACACUUUGGCUGUUUGCUGUAAGGACGGCUGGGUGGGCUUCAAGGCAGUGCUGCUAAAAAAACGACUGACGGCAGCAGACUUCUAUAACGGCUACCUACAUCAGGUGCUGCAGCAGAAGACGCCUCAUGUAGCUGCUGAAGCACAGUUUGUCAGUAACAGAGAGACAGCAGUGUCUUGCCAGAAGAGAAAUUUGUCUGUGUUGUGAUGCAGCCACGGGCUCUGAUAGAAGCCUUAAAGACAUUCUAGCCUUGAAUGGUUUCAUAAUGGUCUGUUUUAAGAAAGGUGCGUUUUAGCACAUUUACUCUCACUGGAUUCGCACUGAAUAGUUGCAUGACUGUGAUAUUUACUGAUGGAUAACAAUGAAAUCUUGUUUUGUUACUUAUGUCCAGUUCCAAAUUUAGUCUUCAUCAAACAAUGGUCAAAUAUGCUUUAAUGUGAAGGACUGUUUGUUUCUGGACUGAAGCUUAGUCCAGAUUAUAGGUUAACCUGCAUUUUUUUAGUUCAUCUUCUUUAAGCAGAUUUCUCUAGAAAACGCCAGGUGAAAUGAGGUUCACAAUUUGCAACACAGACCUUUCUUUAAUUGUACUUAACAAGAGAAUGAUACCGUGUCAUAAAUGGCCACUGUACGCGUUAGUACACGUAAAGUGGAGUCUAUUGGGUUCAGGAUAAUAAUCUAACGUGUACAUAUUACGGUUUACAAUCCCAAGCCGUAGGUGCAGUAGUUGCCCUGGAUGAAGACCUGCUGCCAAAACCCAGGAUCAAGUGUAUAAAUGGCCUGUUGGACGUUUGAAUACUGCUGGUGUGGUUGUAGUCAGAACACAUGCUCCAGCACCUCAAACUGGACAUGAGCAAACUUCAAGGAAAGAUCAAAUAAAUAAAAUCACUUUUAUUUUAUUCUGACUCUUGUUGGAUCUGGAUCUCCACAGGAUGAACUGAAUCACUUAUGUGAAGAAAACUCUUCCAUGUGUCUAAUGAGUGAAUAAAAUGAGUGAAUAAAAAGUAUAUAAAAGUG